AUGCUAUGGUUCACGGAUGUGUAUGGUCCGUAUCAAUGUGUUAUACAAGGUGGGAUAAUAGCCAUGAGCUCACAUGAGACACAGUUGCAAGUGGGAGAUGCAUCGGUUAUCAUCAUGAGCGACGACGAAAGUAAUGCUUCAAAUCUUUCCGAAGACUUGUUUGUUAACAAUGAGGACAGUUGUGAUGUGGCAGAAAUGGAGCAAGGAGGAACUAAUGUUGUGACGUUUACGGACAUGCAGUGCCCAAAUGAUGAGAACGAUGCCAGUGUUGAGAAGAAGUGCAUCGCUUCUCAUAACGCUGCAGCACCUGAGCAUAGCACAACUAUAGGGGUGAAAGCCUUAGAUGAAGAGCCUCGCAAAAGUCCCCGAGACAUGAAAUCAAGCGCUUCUACGGAUUUAGACUUGCGAGAUAAAAUGGAGGAGUCAAUGAGUCGCUUGGGAAAAGAUGCUGAUGCUACGAGUAACUUUGGUUACUACAUGCAACUGAAGAAAGAUAAGCUUCGCUACCAAGUCAAUGUUCUCGAUCGCCCUGCCCAGAGGUCAUCAGAGAUUUUCAAAGGCAUCUCCAUUUUUGUCAAUGGCCAUACAGAGCCUACUGCCCUGGAGUUACGCCAGCUAAUCCAGUUACAUGGCGGAGAAUAUCAUUGCUACUAUGAGUACGGUGUCACCUCAUACGUCAUUGCUACGUCGUUGGCAUCUGCGAAGGUAUCGAAAACUCGACAGAAUGAGAAGUUUGUCCGUCCGGAGUGGAUUGUGGAUAGCAUUGCUAAUGGUAAACUCAUGGAUGUAGAGAAUUAUAUUCUGCUUCCAACACAAAGAAAAGAGACUACACUGACUAAUUUGCAAAGGAAGCCACCACAACAGAAUGAAGAUAAAAUUUUGGACGCCCGCGACCCUAAUUUCUUGGAAGAAUUCUAUGCGAGAUCUCGAUUGCAUCUGAUUUCAACCCUCGCCCAGGAACUGAAAGACUACGUGUGCUCACUUCGUGCCAGCGAGCAACAGUCUUUUCCUGGACGCGAAUCACUUAAAUAUUUGAGAAAUGACAGUUUUAAGCCCUUUGCUCGUACUAUCUUUCAUGUUGAUCUGGAUUGCUUCUUUGUGUCAGUAGCUCUACGCGAUCGGCCUGACCUCAAAGAUAAACCUAUUGCUAUCACCCACAGUAAGGGUGUUGGUGGAGGUUUCUCUGAACUAGCUAGUGUUAGUUACCCCGCUCGUAGUUGCGGGCUUCGAAAUGGGAUGAUGGUUUGUGAUGCUAUCAAGCGUUGCCCUCAACUGAUCUGUCUUCCUUAUGCUUUUGAUGAAUAUCGGAAAGUCUCAAAAGCAAUCUAUAAUAUAGUAUCGCGAUAUACUCUUGAAAUCAGAGCAGUUUCAUGCGAUGAGAUGUAUGUAGAUUGCACAAAACUUCUGAAUGAGAUGCAUAUUGGGGACGCUGUGGCGUUUGCGGAACACCUACGAGCAGAAAUAAAACAGGAAACUGGUUGCCCAGCUUCGGUCGGAAUAGGUAAAAGCACUUUGCUGGCACGUUUGGCAACUCGACAUGCUAAACCUGAUGGAGUGCGAUACGUGCCUGCGGAAGAAUCUGAUCUUUUUGUUGCUAACGAAAAGGUCAAGAAUCUGCCAGGAAUGGGACAUCAGACUUAUGCAAAACUCGUCAGCAAUUUCGGCAGUGUUGAGAUAUGCAGUGAUCUACAAAGAGUUCCUCGCAGCGACUUGGAAUUACUUCUUGGUAAAAAGGCCGGAGAGCAGCUUUACAAACUAUGCCGAGGAGAAAACGACGAGAAGGAGUUCAUUGCCUCGAGCAUUCGUAAAAGCGUAUCUUGUGACAUCAACUAUGGUAUUCGUUUCACAAAGAAAAGUGAAGUCGCUCAUUUCUUGAAUGUGAUUGGUGCCGAGUUAGAGAAGAAACUCAUGAGCGCAAAGAUGACUACCAAGUCUAUAACACUAAAAUUGAUGGUACGUAGCCCAGAUGCACCCAUAGAGACGGCGAAGUAUCUUGGUCACGGAGAGUGCGAUGUGCAGAAUAAAUCAUCCUCUUUAGAGCACCCGACAACUUCUGCUCAGGUCAUCUCGGCAGUCGCAUUGAGGCUGUUCAACAAUAUAUCUCCCGUAGUCUCAGAUGUUCGAGGGAUAGGUGUACAGUGUGGGCGUCUUGCGCUUGCUUCGGAAGUCGGCUACUCGGCUACGUCAGAAGCCAUCAAUAGGAUGUUCCAAAUGAACAAGAAUAAAAAAGAAGAAAAGAAACCACCUCAGCUCGUACAUAAAGAAGAAACGACUCAGGAACGGGAACUUCCACCAGCAUUCAGUAUCGGACAACCUUCAUUCUUUGGAGAGCAGAAUAUGGUAAAAACAAAGGAGGACAUACUCAAAUAUCUCAAAAAUGAGCCUAAUGAAGAUGCCGUUGGUGUCAUCACUGACUUCUUAUUUUAUUUGCUUCGAGAUGGCUGCCUUUCAACUCUGGUCUCCACAUGUUUAUUCAUACACAGAGAACUUUUUGCAACCGACGCGGGAACAACUCCGGAACCAGGAUGGCUAUUUGCUAUGAAUGUCAUUUUUGACUCCCUCGACGAAAGAUGUCAAAAAUUAUAUGGUGGACCUGCGAUUCGUCCAGCUAUAUUCAAAUGCAAAGAAAGCUGAUUGGCUUGAAAUCUGUAAUGUACUGAGAAAUCUGUCAUGCCAGGAAGAAGUGCACAAUUGGAGGAGCUUAUGUACCUUGACAAAAAGCUUGAAGUUUAUGAAUAAAGGGUUUUCCCG